AUGUCUAAACCCCUGGCGUUUUUUCUCUUCCUCUUGUUCUGCUCCACUAUCCUUCGAGGAGGAGCAGCCACAGUUCAUAUAGGAGUAGUUGCCCAAAGGGGCUCCCGCAUUAGUAGGGAGCAAGGGAUCGCCAUUGAGAUCGCAGCCAAAGACUUGAGCUCUUCCGCUGAUAUAGUUCUGACUAUUAAUAACUCUAGUAGGGGAGCUGCUUUCCUAAAUGGUGACGAGCAAGCCAAUGCAAUCAUCAGUGGAGAAUCAUGGGCAGUUCUCGAAAUUUCAAGAACUGGAACCAAAACAGGCCUUCCUGUACUCUCCCUCACCACCUCUCAACCUUUAUCAGUCGUUCCCAGGGCAAACUUGUUCAGAAUGUCAUACAGAGCUUCGGCAUACGUGCAAUGCCUCGCCGAUCUCGUGAAACUAUUCAAUUGGAGGCAAGUCAUUGUUCUCUAUGAAGACGAUGGCUAUGGAAGCACCUCAUCAGGAAUAGUCCCAAUGUUAAACGAUGCCCUUCAAUCCGUUGGAUCUCAGAUCACGUACCAUGCAGCUUUUCCAUCACUAGACUCGAUGCCUAACCCUGAAGACGUGAUACAUCAAGAACUGAAGACGUUGAACUCGAGACUGUGCAAAGUGUUCAUCGUAGUCCAAUGGUCCUCCUCUUCCCUUGUUAGUGAGCUCUUCAAAGUGGCAACAACAUUAGGAAUGAUGGCCAAAGGUCAUGUAUGGAUUGCCGGCGACGAUAUAACUACUCUCCUUGACUCAACACUCAGCCCGUCUGACAUUUCCUCCUACAUGCAAGGGGUGAUCGGAGUUAAAACCUACAUUAAUGAGUCUAGAAAACCAUACAAUGAUUUUAGUGAAAAGUUCCAGCAGAAAUUCCAGUCAGAAUAUAGUAAAAGUGGGGAGACUAAGGUCAAGCCUGGGAUGCAUGCUUUGCUAGCUUAUGAUGCUGUUCACGUAAUUGCAAAAGCCUAUGCCAUUUCUGGUAAGUCUCUGCUUGAAGGUAUACAGUCGUCUGAUUUUGUUGGGCUAAGUGGCCGGGUCCGCUUCAGAAGAGAUGGGAGCUUAAUUGAGGGUAAGGGAACUUUGGCUUUUCGUGUCAUCAAUGUUGUUGGGAAAAGCAGUAGAGAUAUGGGGUUCUGGUUGAAAGGUAGAGGUUUCUAUAGAGAUGGAGCAGAACAAGCUGCAAGUAUAAAUUUGUUUGGCACAAUUUAUUGGCCGGGAGGUGCAGCAGAGAAAAUCCCGGGAGGGUGGGGUAAAUUGAGGGUUGGAGUACCGACAAGGUCGUUGACUGAAUUGCUUGUGAACGUGGAAUUUGACGGUAAAGGUGAGGUUAAGGAGGUGAACGGAUUUUGUGUGGAAGUUUACAAGGAGGCAAGGGAGCUGCUGAAUUAUGAGCUCCCUUAUGAAUUCUUUCCUUUCAACGGGACCUAUGAUGAACUUGUUGCCAGUGUUCCAGAGAAAUUUGAUGCAGUGAUUGGUGAUGUCACGAUCCUCAGUAAACGCAUGAACAGAGCCAUGUUUACAGAGCCUUUUCUCCCUACAGGGUUAUCCAUGGUGGUUCCGGUGAAACCCAACAACAAGAAAUGGGUUCUCACCCAGCCAUUCAGCCCAGAAGUUUGGUUGCUAGUGCUUGCCAGUUACAUCUAUACUUGCGUAACCGUUUGGUACCUAGAACAUAAACAGAAUCCUGAUUUUGAUGUCCCAUGGAGGGAGCAGCUUGGUGCGACACUCUGGUUGAUCUUUUGUACUAUAUUUUUUGCACACGGGAAGUUUUAUAGCUACUACACGAAGGCAGUGAUCGCUGUAUGGCUCUUUGUCCUAUUGAUCCUGACAUCGACCUUCACAGCGAGCUUGGGGUCUAUCCUUAUUACACAGCAGCUUGAACCUGUUGUGAAUGACAAAAAAAUAGGAUGCAACGGAGCUUCAUUCGUAAUGAAUCAUCUUGAAGAUGUGCUCGGCUACAAGGACAAGCAGAUCGAGCUAAUCCCCAAAAUAGAGAACUAUUCGACAGCAUUCAAGAGCGGGGCCAUCACAAUGGCUUAUCUUGAGACACCGUACCUGAAGAUAUUUCUCUCACAGUAUGGUUCUGAACACUACACUGUGCAUGGUGACACCCAGCGCCUAGGUGGCUUUGGCUUCGCUUUCGCCAAGAAUUCUCCAUUGAUCGCAGAUUUCUCAAAAGCCAUACUGCAGUUAUCUGAGAGUGGAACUCUAGGCCAUUUGGAGGAAAAGUGGUUUUCACAAUCCUUGGUUACUUGUCCUAACACGUGCAAUACUAAAACGAUGGAUAACUUAACACUUGAUAGCCUGUGGGUGUUGUUUCUGUUAACUGGUGCUGCUUCCACAAUUGUUCUCCUCCUAUUCAAGUCUGGAUUCAUCGCAAGCAGCAGCCGACGCAGCUUGGCAGUUGCAAGUUGGCCUCUCAGACGGAAAUGUUUACAACUAAGGAUUACUUGUAAGUACAAGUCCAGGAGAGGGCUUCCAGUUUCGCGCAGUUCUUCGAUAUAUUCAACUCAAGUAGCUCCAGAAUCUGCAGCUGCAGAUUCAUUAACUUGAAGAUGGUGCUGGCGAACAAGGCAACUUACCGAACCAAGAUAGUGUUUGGUAAUAAAAUGUUUUUUCUUCUUUCCAUUUUCUGUUUUUAGAGGGACAAGGGGAGCUCAUCCGUUCUGUUGUAUAUUAAUUAAAAGGUAAAUAAUUAGA